GUUGUGGCCACUAACUUAGACAAUGUGUGGACCAGCCUACGAAAUGCAGGGAUUCAGAAAGAAGGAGAUAAAUGCCUAGACGUUGCUGCCAUUAACUCAGUUAAACAAACAGUUCUAGCUGGAGACACGAAACUUAUCGAUGGCUUUAGAGAGUAUUGUGCUAACAACGGGCUGAUAACCCACCAAUUGGAUUCACGGCAUGCCUUCCACUCGAGGCAACUGGAUCCGAUGUUGAAGAAGUACGAGGAGAUUGCACAUGGUAUUAAUUUUCAGCCCCCAGAGAUUAAUUACAUAUCUGGAGUCCAAGGGAAAUCGAUUUCCGAAAUUGAUGUUAACUACUUAAUAAGACAAACAAGGGAGUGUGUAAGUUUUAUUGAUGCUUCCCAAUGCGCUGUAACACAUGGGUACGAAUUGUACGUUGAGGUUGGACCCCAUCCAGUGCUAAGUCCGCUUGUUGUGUCCAACGCAGAAAAAGUGGCAAACGACCUAAUUGUACUACCAUCCAUACGCAAAAAUAGAUCGGAUUGGGCAACUAUUCUAUUAUCGUUAAGUCAACUUUAUACUUUGGGCAUUCCUGUCAAUUGGGAGAAGUUCCAUAGGUAUUCUCAGGCAAAGAAAAUUGAUUUACCAGGAUAUGUAUUCGAGGAAAAAUCCCACUGGAUGGUAAUUCAGGAUAAAGGCACAAAUCCAUUUCAUCCACUUCUUGGAUCCUACUUCCCAAAUGCGUCAGAAAUUACUAUUUUUGAAUCUAAUGUGCAUGUUCAACGGUUGCCAUUUCUAAAGGACCAUCUCAUUGGGGACAAAAUUAUAUUUCCAUGUGCAGGAUAUAUGGACAUGUGUAUGACUUCAGGGUUUGCGCAUGCUAAAUGUGACGAAGGCGCGUACUUCAAGCCAAUUAAUGCUAUUUCCAUAAGUAACUUUGUAAUAUCGACACCGAUCUGCUUAAAUGAAGAUCAAGGUACAGAUUUCCAGGUAGUUGUAUCCAGGAAUAGUGAAGGCGACACAGUGUCCACGAUUUAUACUCGGUUGGAGUUAGGACAAUCAGAAUUCAAAUGGGUGAAAAACGCAUCAGCCAGAUUUGAGGCUAAUCCAUCCCCACCUGAUCCAAGCAUACUCAACUUUGCGGAGAUAUUUAACAACGUCUGUGAGCCAGUGAAGAUUGAUUAUGACUACAAAAGGUUAAGUGAACACAGCGAGCUUAAACUUGGGGCCUCGUGUCAAACAAUUUCAACGAAGGAUGUAUGGAAGAAUCCUGAGAAUGACUCGGAAUAUUUAUUUACAUUUAAAUGUUCUGAAACGCAAGAAGACCUUGAUCGAUUUAUAAUUCAUCCAUGGAUUACUGAUGCUGCUCUCCAAGUACAAGGAUUUCUAUUAGCACAUCUUGCCGAAAUGGGUACGGCCAAGUUAAUGGUUCCUGUCCAGAUUGAGAAAUUUGUUUGGUGGGGUCGCUCUGCACAGUCAGGGUACAUAUUCACAAAACUAGGGAAUAAUUACAACGAGUCACACAUAUACGAUGAUACUGGUCUACUGAUAGCUUCUUUGCUUGGCAUAGAAAUCAUGCAAACUUCGUUGCAAAAUAUUAUGGCUUUAAUCAACUCUCAAAGGAGCUUAUACCAUGGCGGAAUGCAUUUGGAACGAAAGCAUGGGACCAGAGGAGAGGCGAAUUUCAGAUAAAGAACGGGGAACAAUUUCACUUCAUGAAAUUGUUGAGUCUGUACAAGUCUGUAAUAAGUUUACAGAAAAGGAAGAAUCAUAUUAUAAUAGUUUGAACCAAUUGGCUGGUUUAUACAUGCUGAAAGCUAUGCGAGAGAUUGGAAUAAGUGAUGACACAUCCUAUAGCUUGCAGGACAUUACAGAGAACCUCAGAGUUAUUUUAAGUUUGAGGAAGUUUUUGCGUUAUAUAUUAUUGGAAAUGACAAGUGAUGGAUAUUUCGAAUUACAAGUUGGACAACAACCCGUUGAUGAGGAUCUUUGUUUUAUUCCCUCGCAAAGCCAACAAACAUUACAAUUUGAAUGUAUUUGUUCAAGCAUUUUAAAAGUAGAAGAAACACUGUUAGACACUCAUCUUGAAUGGGGAGUACAAGAUACAGGUUAUGCUCGAAUUGUUUGGAACAGUCUAGCUAAAAUCCUAACCGGCCAAACUUCGAUGGUCGAUUUACUGUUUGAUGGUUCAGAGGAUAAAGAUGGAAAGGGACUAGCAGAAUUAUACUACACUGACUCUUUGAUCGUACAGAAACGGCACGUUCUCAAUCCACUGGUGUUUGCACUUCUCGAGAAACUCUCAGUUAGAACAAAAUCGGUUAUCCGAAUACUGGAAGUGGGAGCUGGAGUUGGAAGUAGGACAAUUCAACUAAUUAAAAUUAUUAAUGACAUUGGAGUGUCAAGCUUUCAUUAUACCUAUACUGAUUUAUCUCCUGCGUUUUUGCAAAAAGGUGAAAAAUUGUUUGAAGAAACUGAGAUUGCAGCAAGUUACGAAAUCUUCGACAUAGAUGCAGACCCUUUAUGCCAAGGAUUGAUCCCACAGCAUUACGAUAUUAUCAUAGCCUCGUGGGUUCUUCAUGCUACUAAAGAUCUACAAAAAUCUCUAAACAAUUUGAAAUUUCUUCUCAAGCCUCAUGGUUACUUACUCAUAGAUGAGCUUGUCAAGCCUUCGAGGGAUAUUAAUCUAUUUUUUGGAGGUUUGGAAGGGUUUUGGAAGUUUGAGGACUUCAAGCUUCGCCCUUGGAACUGUGAGCUAUCAGUGGACGGAUGGAGGGCUCUACUUGAAUGUUUGGGAUGCACAGAAGUUGUGGACAUCGAAACAUAUGGAGGGGUCAAUGCAUUAAUUAUGGCCAAAUUCGGAAGCUAUGCGUGUACCUCCAUUAAUAAUUCCGGAGAAACAUUGAGGCCUGCCAGUCCAACUUGGUUAUUAUUUGGUGAUCAUGAGCAAAAGUCCCUUAGCUUUAAACUUCAGCAAAAGCUUUUAAACUUGGGACAGAGUUGCACUAUUCUAGAUGAUUAUGACGUUGGACCGGACGGAUACUCGACUAUAUCAAAAUAUAUUUCAGCCCAUGUUGAGAGACUUCUUGGCAUAAUUUUCACCUGGGAACUGGAACCUGGUCUAAACUACUUAAAAAUAUGCGAGCGAUUCAUGUAUAUUUGCAAAUACUUGGCUGAACAUCCUACCGCGAAUUCUUUAAAAUUAAUUACGAUAACCAAAGGAUGCAUGUGCGCUGGACCAGAAGACGAAUUUGUCAGCAUACCUGAUGCAUCGCCUAUCGUUUCGAUGGUGCAAGUUCUGGCAAAUGAAAACAGUGAUUAUAGAUGCAAAGCUGUGGAUGUUGACAAUAGUGAAAAUGUUGAAAAUGAAGUAUUCUCAGAACUCUUCCACUGGGAUUCGGAGACUAUGGUUGCCUACAGGAAGGGUAAACGUUGCACUCCUCGUCUAAAGAAUUAUACAGUGAAAAAUUCAUCACUCGAGAUUCCUCGAACAGAAAAAACUCGACUCGUUAUUCCUCGAACAUUUGACAUUGCCGACCUCCACUUUAUUCCGUUCAAGAUUGAUCCGAUCCAGCAUGGACAUGUGGAGAUAACAAUUAAGGCAUAUUCAAUUAACUUCGUGGAUAUGUUAGUGGUGACGAAACCUGAUUCUGCAUUCGAUUUGAUAAAUCAUGUCGGAAUUGAUAUUGCUGGAGUUGUUUCAAAGGUUGGACCAGGAUGCAGUGCUUUCAAACUAGGAGACCGUGUUUUUGCCCUUCGUUGUAUAGGAGAUCCCCUUCCAAGCCAUUAUAAUGCACCCGAAACGUCCGUCAUGCCAAUUCCUGAUAGUAUGACGUACAAUGACGCUGCAACGUUUCCAUUAGCAUCACUUACUGUGCUAUAUGCAAUUGCAUGUCUUACCAAAGCGACGAAAGAAGAUGUUUUGCUUAUCCACACAGCAUCAGGUGGAGUUGGCCUCAUGGCCAUUCAGUUGGCUCAGGAGAUCGGCUGCACUAUUAUUGUCACCGCCGGAACUGAAAGAAAACGGAACUACCUGAAAAGUCUAGGAUUGAAAUAUGUAUUUAAUUCCAGAACAACUGAAUAUGAGUAUGACAUCAGAACUGCACUUAACGGACGAGGAGUUAGCAUUGUUCUGAAUUCCAUAACUGGAACAGGAUUUAAGGAAGCCACCUUAUCAGUGUGCGGCAAUGGUGCUACAUUUAUUGAAAUGAGCAAAAUGAACAUUUGGAGUAAACGAGAGGUUCAAAACCUAAGACCAGAUAUAAAAUAUGAAAUUAUCGAUAUUUCUACACUUCCAAGUGGGGAAGUAGAAUCCCUAAUGCGGAAUUUAAGAUCCCAGUUUGCGGGAGAACUAGAAAGCAGGAAGUGUCCAACCCCGCUUCCAUAUACAUGCUUCGAAUCAUGCCGCAUAAAAGAGGCAUUGGAAUACGUAGAGAGAGUGAAACAUAUUGGAAAAGUGGUCAUAUCUAUGCCAGAAAUGGACAAGAAUGGCGUGCCAGCUUAUAAAAUGUUUCAUGACGAGGCCACGUAUUUAAUUACUGGUGGCUUAGGGGGAAUUGGACUUGAAGUAGCUAAAUGGAUGAUAACUGCUGGUGCAACGAAACUCCUCCUACUUGGUCGUAGCCCUCCGGCACCCGAAGUUACCAGAUACCUAGAUAAGUUACAGCAAGAUGGCAUCGCCUGGGCAAUGCAACUAUGCAUCCGCUAAUUAUUAUCUCGAUUCCCUGAUCCA